AUGGCCCUACAACGCGUUGCGCGCUGUGGGUGUUGCCACCUUGCCGGAGUCGCUCGAGUCACUCGAGUCGCUCGAAUCGCUCUGCUUGCGCUCUUUCUGGCGUCCUUCGAAGCUUCCACCAGUUUCGCAGAGAGCUUUUGGCGAGCACUUCCCCGACGAAGUAUCCCUUUGGCACUGACACUUGAAGGGCUUUCUCAAGUGGCAUUUGCUGAUGAUGAUGGGGAGUCAACUUCAGGCUUCAACGUGUUUUUACUUCUGGUGCCUGUUGCGGUGAUAGCUUUGUUGCAGUGGGUCUUCUCUCUUCGACCAAAGAAGGAAGAGGGGGGCGAUGGAUAUGCAUCCACAACGCUGCGGGGCAGAGAUAGCAAUGAGAAUCUCCAGAGAAAAAUCAAAAAGAUGGAGGAGGAGCAGAGGUUGGAGGACUUGAGAACCCAGAAAUUGCUGGAAGCUGCUAGUGCCCGUUCUCGUGGUGUUUUCUCAGAUGAACUAGACCAGGAGUGCGACCUAGAAGAUGAAGACUUGUACAGUUCAGAUUUGAAGGCACAAUUGCGCGCAGCUCAAGAUUAG